GGUGAGAAGUUUCUUCCCGUAGGAAAAUUGAUGACCAUGGGAAUCACUCAGGGUGGUAGUGGUUUCUCCUUUUUUGGAAGUAGUCUCUACGCAUACUUGUGUGGUGUUAAAAUCUGUGAUAUUGACAUACCUGAUGAAGAAGUACCAAAUACUAACGUCCGGAUCCUUAUUCAGAAGAUCAAUGAUGCUGCUGAUGACAAAGACCUAAAAGAUUGUAUCCUUGAUGAAUGUGACACCAUUGUGAAUGCCGGGUACAGCAAGCCACUUUUUACCUCGACGCAAGCAGACAAAGUUGAGAUAGUGAAGACACUAAAACUCUACUACACUCUUCUCGAGUCUUUAGCAGAGAUUAACCAGCUUAAGGAGGGAUUGCAAGUGAACGGUGUGGGAGAAGCAAUUGUGAAGUACCCUGAACUAAUGAGGCCUCUAUUUGUGCACAAUAACACACAAGUUCUGACUGCUGAGACCAUGAAGGCCAUGUUCAAAAUCACCCACUUUUCACCUAAGGGCUCAAAUGAUCUUGCUAAAGAAGAGGCUACUUACAUGCUGUUUGUAGAUUUUCUGUACGAUUGUGAAUGUGUUGAAGGUGACUCGGAGGAUUCUGUCAGUCUUAAGACCUUCUUUCUUUUACUACUGGUUCAGAGUCUGUUCCACCGAUGGGAUUUGAUAACUCUUUGGGUCUGAGAUUUAACGAUACCAAUGUGUUUCCCACGUCGUCCACUUGUGCGUUGGAGCUAACCCUGCCCUGCCCUCCAAGUAUUAUAACAAUCCAGAGGAGUUUAAAAAGAAAAUGGUAUAUGGUAUGAAAAACCAUGGAGGAUUUGGUUGCCUAUAAGCACUGCAAUAAAAUGAACAUAUACUCUUUUUGUGUUUGACAAAACCUAUUAACCCUGUAUCACUUUCAUACUUUAUCAUAAUUUAUCAUAAUUCUUUCGAACAUUAUACUCUUUUUGUG